GGGGCGAAAGAAAGAUGAAUGAAAGAGACAUGAACAGGCUUGUUCGGGUGACACAAGACCAGUCAAUAACAUUAGUGCUGUAAAGGACAAAGACAGAGGAAUUGAACUGAGAAAUUGGGAGAAAGAAAAUUACACAACAAAAUCCAAGAGAACCUAAAACAAAAGUAGACUGGAGAAAGAAUCGGACAGUGAAACAGUGGGUUUGGAUCUAUAAUGGAAGGGUUACUCAACAUGGCUCGCAUCAGGCGCUACUCCGAUGUGAUGACACUGCCGGACUCUUUUAUCCAACGCCAGCAGCUUGACGCCAGUAUGGCUGACACCUUCCUGGAGCAUCUCUGUCUCCUGGACAUCAACCAGGAGCCAAUCACAGCGCGCAACACCAGCAUAAUCUGCACCAUCGGUCCGGCAUCUCGAUCGAUCCCCAAACUUCAGGAGAUGAUCAAGGCUGGAAUGAAUAUCGCCCGUCUUAACUUCUCUCAUGGAUCACAUGAAUAUCACGGUGAAACCAUCAAGAACAUCAGAGAGGCGGUGGAGACGAUAACCUCUGACCCGUUGUACUAUCGACCGGUUGCCAUCGCUUUGGAUACGAAGGGCCCAGAGAUCCGCACCGGAUUAGUUAAAGGGAAAGUGGAAGAAGAGGUGGAGCUGGUGAAGGGCAACAAUGUGCGCGUGGUGACAGCAGAGAGUGACAAAGACAAAACAGAUGGAAAGAUAAUCUGGGUGGACUAUCCCAACCUGCCCAAAGUUCUCAAGAAGGAUGGAAAGAUCUACAUUGAUGAUGGCCUCAUUGGACUCCGAGUAUUAGAUAUAGGUUCGGACUGGGUGGACACGGUGGUGGAAUCAGGCGGGAUGCUCUGCAGUCGUAAAGGCGUAAACCUUCCCGGCUGCGACCUAAUUGGCAUGCAGGCGGUCAGCCCGCGGGACGAGGCUGACCUGAGGUUCGGCGUGGCUCAGGGUGUUGACAUGGUGUUCGCCAGCUUCAUCCGUUCAGCCCAGGACGUCAAGGAUGUGCGUCGCGCUCUGGGGGCGCAUGGUCGAGAUAUCAAAGUGAUCAGCAAAGUGGAAAGCCGGCAAGGAGUUCAAAAUUUUGAGCAAAUCCUGGCUGAGAGCGAUGGCGUGAUGGUUGCCAGAGGCGACCUGGGGAUCGAGAUCCCUGCGGAGAAAGUCUUCAUUGCCCAGAAGAUGAUGAUUGGGAGAUGCAACUCUGCUGGGAAGCCUGUCAUCUGUGCCACACAGAUGCUUGAGAGCAUGGUGACCCACCGACGGCCAACUAGAGCAGAGGGCAGUGACGUUGCCAAUGCCGUGCUGGAUGGAGCUGACUGUGUAAUGCUAUCUGGAGAAACCGCCAAGGGACUGUUUCCUGUGGAGUCAGUUGCAAUGAUGCAUUCGAUCUGCAGGGAGGCAGAGGCGGCCAUUUUCCACCAGCAGCUUUUUGAGGAGUUGCGCCGCCUCACUCCUCUCUCCUCUGACCCCACGGAGGUCACGGCGAUCGGAGCUGUGGAGUCUUCAUUCAAAUGCUGUGCCGGGGCCAUUAUAGUCCUCACGACCACUGGCAGGUCGGCUCAUCUCCUGUCCAGGUACCGCCCUCGCUGUCCGAUCAUUGCCGUCACCAGGAGCCCGCAGGUCACCCGUCAGUCUCAGCUGUUACGAGGCGUGUUUCCUGCCCUCUUCCACCCUCUGCCCGCUCCUGUGUGGGCUGAUGAUGUGGACAACAGGGUCAACUUUGGCAUGGAAAUUGGGAAAGCAAGAGGAUUCUUCAAGUCUGGCGACAUGGUGAUUGUGGUGACAGGCUGGAUCCCAGGGUCUGGUCACACCAACAUUAUGAGGGCAGUGAAUGUCCCGUAACAACAUGACCUCACUGGACUCUAAAUCUAACUGAGUUGCUGGAGGUUCAUUAAGAGAGCCUUUAAAAUCUUUUAAUGCACCGAAAAACCAAAGAACCACCCCUAAAAUUGAAGCAAUAACCUCUGUCGAAAGCAGCAGAAACACUCUCCUUAAAAUUUGAGGUUAUUAUGAGGAAACACUUGGUCUAAUAACCACUCAUAUGUACCCAUGACUCCCUUCAAAUAAAACUUGACUUUAACUUUAAUACGUUGUUCUCCAGUUUAUGUCAGGACACAGGCUUCUCUAAUUGAACUGUCCAGCCUCCUGUUUUCAUAUUGAAAGUGAAAGUAUUGUCUCUGUGGCUGCCAUUGUUGAAGCACAUUGGUGCUCUUUAUAGAAUUUGGAGAUAAGGCUUUCAUUCCUACCCAGAGUCCCAAGCUUGUCUCUGUGCAGCGGCAAUUUUUUGGCUAUUAUGAGCAGCACCGGAUGAUGCAGAGCUGACACCCCCUUUUGUCAACUGAGAUGACCCAGAUGGCCACAUCUGCAUAUUGCUCUCCCAGAAAGUAAUUAUAUCUGUUCCUGUGUGGGUCUUCCUCAUGCCUCAUAAUCCUUUAUUUUGUGACAUCCUUGCUUCCUCCUCCUUUUUUCCUUUUGAGCUUUAAUGUGCAUUGAAUCCUCCCGCAGCAGUUUAUUCCUCUCUCUCUCUCUUUCUGCCACUAAUAGCCACUUUUACAGAGGCUGACUCACUGUAAAUAUUUCUGUGGUUAGUCUAAUAGUGUUUUAUCUUUCUGGGACAAUUGGAGCACUUAAA